AGAGAGAGAGAGAGAGAGAGGCGGCGUUUCUUCUUCAACACUCGAGAAGUCUCCCACGCGAAGCAAACGAUCUGCGGCGAGAGUUUUAAGGAGCGUACGCAAACCCGCGUUUGUUUCGUUCUUCGCGGGUGGAUUGGGUUUUAACGAUCCGUGGUUCUCCUUUUUACCCUUUUCGGUGCUUGAUCUCCCAUCGAUCUUAUCCACUAUAAUUUUCUUGAUAUCGUUGAUGCAACCGGAGUAUUCCCUGAUUUUUGAUAGCUAGGGCUUGUUCGGUUUGUGUUGGGAUCGCUACGCUGUGAUAUCUGUGUUGGGCUUUGCAGUUUAGGGGCGAGAAUGAGAAGAGAGCUAUUGUUUUGCUUGUGCGUUUCCUUUCUUUGGGGAUCCUGCGUAGGGAGAUUUGUGGUGGAGAAGAAUAGCUUGAGGGUGACCUCGCCUGAAGCCUUGAAGGAUGUGUAUGAGUGCGCUAUUGGGAAUUUUGGUGUUCCUCAGUAUGGUGGAACGAUGAUGGGGCUUGUCGUUUAUCCAAAAGCUAACAAGAAGGCGUGCAAGGGAUUUGAUGAGUUCGAUCUCUCUUUUAAAUCGAAGGCGGGAGGACUUCCGACCUUUCUUCUUAUCGAUAGAGGAGAUUGCUAUUUUACAAAAAAAGCAUGGAAUGCACAAAACGCAGGAGCUGCUGCAAUCCUUGUUUCUGAUGAUAAGCUUGAACCUUUGAUCACAAUGGAUGUGCCUGAAGAAGAAUUGGGCAGUGGAGAUUAUCAACAGAAUAUAUCAAUUCCUUCAGUUUUGAUAACCAAAUCAUUAGGGGACGACCUCAAAAAGGCCAUUAAUAAUGGUGAUAUGGUUAAUGUUAAUUUGGAUUGGAGAGAAUCUCUACCUCAUCCUGAUGAGCGUGUUGAAUAUGAAUUCUGGACAAAUAGUAAUGAUGAAUGUGGUCCCAAAUGUGACUCUCAGAUAGAGUUUGUUAGGAACUUCAAGGGAGCUGCUCAAAUACUUGAGCGAAAAGGCUACACACAGUUUACGCCACAUUACAUCACGUGGUACUGUCCUGAUCCUUUUAUCCUAAGCAAGCAGUGCAAAUCACAAUGUAUAAAUCAUGGAAGAUAUUGUGCUCCUGAUCCAGAACAAGACUUUAGCAAAGGAUAUGAUGGGAAAGAUGUUGUUAUGCAAAAUCUGCGACAGGUCUGUGUGUUCAAGGUUGCUAAUGAUAGUGGAAAGCCUUGGUUAUGGUGGGAUUAUGUAACAGAUUUUUCAAUUAGAUGCCCCAUGAAGGAGGAGAAAUACACCAAGGAAUGUGCUGAAAAAGUGAUUCAGUCGCUGGGUAUAGAUCUCAAGAAGAUAGAUGAAUGUAUUGGAGAUCCCAAUGCAGAUGAUGUUAAUCCUAUACUGAAAACUGAGCAGGAUGUGCAGAUAGGACAUGGUUCUAGGGGGGAUGUAACGAUCUUGCCAACUCUUGUUAUAAAUAACAGACAAUACCGUGGAAAAUUAGACAAGGGUGCAGUUCUCAAAGCAAUCUGUGCAGGAUUUCAGGAGAAAACCGAACCAGCCGUUUGUUUGACAGAAGACAUAGAAACAAACGAGUGCUUGGAAAAUAAUGGAGGCUGCUGGCAUGAUAAAGCUGCCAAUGUUUCUGCGUGCAAGGAUACUUUUCGAGGAAGGUUAUGUGAAUGCCCUAUUGUCAACGGUGUGCAGUUUGUUGGUGAUGGGUACACCCAUUGUGAAGCAUCUGGUUCUGGACGGUGUAAAAUUAACAAUGGAGGCUGUUGGAAUCAAACUAAAGAUGGCACAACAUACUCUGCCUGCAUGGAAGGAGCAUCGAAUGGAUGCAAAUGUCCAGCAGGCUUCAAGGGCGAUGGUAUUGAAUCGUGUGACGAUGUUGAUGAAUGCAAGGAAAGAACUGCUUGUCAAUGUUCUGAAUGCAAAUGUAAGAAUACAUGGGGAAGCUAUGAGUGCAGCUGCAGGGGUGAUCUAUUAUAUAUGAGAGAGCAUGACACCUGCAUAAGUAAAAAACCUAGCACUGAGGUCGGCUGGAGCUUCCUAUGGAUUAUCUUUCUUGGCCUGGCUCUUGCUGGUGUGGGAGCUUAUGCUGUCUACAAGUACAGAAUUCGGGGCUACAUGGACUCGGAGAUUCGAGCAAUCAUGGCUCAGUACAUGCCACUGGAAAACCAACCUGAAGGUCUCAAUCAUGUCUCUCAUGCCAACAUUUAGAGAUGAGUUGGUGAACUCAGAAUACAAUAGGGAAGACUUUCUGCAACAUUUUCACCAAAAGUUGUUCUGUGACUAGUUUGCGCCUCGAAAGAUUCUGCAGCUUCUAAUGUAAAGUGGAUUUAUGCACAACUAUUACUUCACUGUAGAUUAAUUAUGAUGUAGAUUUUUAAUAUGGCUUUAUUUUUUAGGGCAUCAAAUGAAUAAUUACAGAAACGAGCUAUCUUUCACACAAUUGUUUUCUGUCAA